AUGGCGGGCCUGGGGCUUAGUAUCGACUGGAAAUCCAACCGAUGGGCGGUGGUCUACUGCCUGGUGGCCGCAAUCGGCGCCCUUUGCUAUGGAUAUGACACCAUUUACUAUACGGGGAUCCAGGGAAUGGAAUAUUUUGCCCGCGAUUACGGUGUUAAAGAGUCGGAUGGCUCGUACUCGUUGUCCACCACCUUCCUCUCCGUGUCGGCGAGUAUCAUCUACGUGGGGGAGUUUGUCGGCGCUAUCGCUGCCGCUCCGAUCAACGACUAUCUGGGUCGGCGGGUGGUUUUCCUGACGGCAUCGGUCUGCAUCAUUGUCGGCGCCAUUGUGCAAGUGUGUUCGUUUGGCUCGGAUCCUGUGUUCUACGUCAGUCGAGUCCUGAUCGGCCUGGGGAUCGGGCAAUUCACCGCCACCUGUCUGAUGUACAUUGGCGAAGUCGCACCGUCCGCGAUCCGCGGUCCGGCGCUCAUGUGUUUCCAAUUCAUGCAGUCCAUCUCCCAACUGGUCGGAGCCUGCGUCAACCAGGGGACGGAGGGUAUUCAGAGCCCCAACUCCUACCGGAUUCCGAUGUCGUUGUUGGUGGUUCUUCCUGGAAUCAUGCUCUUGUGUCUGCCGUUUACCCCGGAGAGCCCGGUGUGGUAUAUGUACAAGGGGAAGAGGGAGCAAGCGACCAAGGCCCUGCGGCAGAUCAACCGCAGUGCGCCCGAUUACGACCCUCAAGCGGACAUGCAGGCCAUCGACGACCAAGUGGAAAUGGAGCGCGAACUCGCCAAGGACGCCACCUGGAUGUCCCUCAUCACGGACCCCAUCGAGCGUCGUAAACUCUUCUACGCCUGCGGUGCCAUGUUCGUGCAGCAGAUCAACGGAAUUCAAUUCUGGUACACCUAUGGGGUAGUUUUCGCCCAGUCCAUCGGGGUUGCCGAACCUUUCACCAUCAACACCAUCAUCUACGUGCUCCAGAUUAUCGCAGUUGGCGUCGCCGUCGUUCUGGGCAACAAGGUCAGCCGCCGGAAGAACUUGCUGGUGUGCAGCACGGGUAUUCUGGCCUCGCUGGUGGCCGUCGGCGGAUUGGGGACUACUCGGGAUGCCGAAGGAAAGUUCACCGAGGGCGUCGGCAUUGCCAUCGUCGUCCUCGCCUACGUCAACAUUGUCUGCUAUAACUUCUCCAUCGGCACCUUAUCCUAUUCGAUCGCGUCGGAGAUGUCGGUCGGACGCAACCGCAACAAGAUCACCUCCUGUGCUAUCGGCGUCUUCUUCAUUACCGUGUGGCUCAUGGUGUUCACCAGCCCGUACAUGUAUUACACCGGGAAACUCGGCCCGAUGAUCGGCUUUGUCUAUGCUGCCACCACACUUUUCCUCCUGGCAUACUCGUGGUUUUGCGUGGGCGAGACGGCCCACCGCAGCAAUGCGGAUAUUGAACGACUUUUCCAAGACCGUGUGCCGGUCAGAGAGUGGAAAGAUUAUGUUAUUACGCAUGACGAGGACACGACAUGGGCGAAAAAGAAGGAAAGCAAGGAUGAACAGAUAGAGAUGGCAUGA